UACACACAGAAUACUUCUGGAUGGCAGACCUAAAACUCCAAGGUCUUUUACACAAAAAUGUGGAUUUAAAAACCUUUUCAACUGAAUUAAAGAGGCAUUAUUUUUCCAACUGGAUUUAACUUGCAACAAUGAAAACAUUGUUCUUAAUUAUAACUGGAUUGCUGUCUCUGUCCUCAAGUCUACGGCAAAGAGAUUCUAAACAUGGUGAUAACAGCUCCGCAAGUCAAGAUGUGCCUGAUAUUAAGACCUUUCAUGGAAUGCCUCAAGGCACUUAUGAUUAUAUUCCUCCUUCUGAUAUAGAAGGCUGGACAAAGACUGUUCACAACAAAGAACGCAAAUGCUCUUCAGGAAAGUCAAAUGGCUCAAUACUGAAAGUUAACAAUACCACAAUGGAGUACCUUAGUAGUUCUUUGAGUACCAAACUAGUACCUGCAACAUAUAUUCUUGUAGUUUUAUUAGGUGUGCCAUCAAAUGCCAUCACUCUGUGGAUGCUGUUUUUCAGAAUCAGAUCUGUUUGUACUGCCAUCUUCUAUACAAAUUUAGCCAUUUCAGAUUUUCUAUUCUGUAUCAUACUGCCAUUCAAGAUAGCAUACCAUCUCAAUGGAAACAACUGGAUAUUUGGAGAAAUAAUGUGCCGAACUACGACUGCCAUUUUCUAUGGCAAUAUGUAUUGCUCCAUUCUUCUCCUCAUGUGCAUCAGCAUCAGUCGUUACGUGGCUAUUGUUCAUCCGUUCACCUACAGAAGUCUGCCAAAGCGUACCUAUUCAACACUAGCAUGUGGAAUUGUGUGGACAAUUGUUUUCCUGUACAUGCUGCCAUUCUGCAUAAUGAAGCAAACCUACUACUUGGAACAAUUAAAUAUCUUUACCUGCCACGAUGUACAUAAUGCCUGUGAAACUUUAUCACCAUUCCAAUUCUACUACUUCAUCUCUUUAGUAAUCUUUGGAUUUAUAAUACCACUGACCAUUAUUAUUUUUUGUUACAUCUCAAUUAUCCAAACACUCAAUACUUAUGAGCAGAAGUGCUUUUGGUAUGUUAAAAUAAGUCUCUUGAUCCUUAUGAUUUUUGCCAUCUGCUUCACACCAAGCAACAUCAUUCUUAUUGUCCAUCACGUUAAUUACUACUACAACAAAACAGAUGGCUUGUAUUUUUUUUAUCUUAUUGCUUUGUCUCUAAGCAGUUUAAACAGUUGCCUUGAUCCAUUCCUUUACUAUCUGAUGUCCAAAAUCAGAGAGCAAUCCAAUGUUUAUCUCACAAUGGUAAAAAUAUCCAGGGAAGAAUGAGUUAAAUUAAAUAUCCAACAUUUAUUAUUGUGACAUAUAUAAAUGUCUGAUAAUUCAUCAAAAAAAACAAAAACAAAAAACCACACUACUUAACUGACUAUUGUUUUAUACAUUCUAAUUGGUCUUUUUUAAUGAAAAGAAAGCAGAAGUUCAAAAGUAUCUUUUUAACAUAAAAUUUGGAAGCAAGUAAAUCUUAAGGACGUCUAAAAAUACAGUCUUGCAAUUUUACCACAAGUUUUGAUGCUGUUCUUGAAGCCACUACUCCUGAUUCAGGUGAGAAUCUGUUUUCAUUUAAAAAAAAAAUAAAUGAAGUUUCUAGCCCUCACUUCUAUGGAGAAAGGUCCAAAAAUGUGAAUCCUAAAAGCUCCAACAAAGGACAAAUAAGACUCAAACGGUAUUUUUAAGCCAAUAUCACUAUUUUUGAAAACUUUGGCUUGGCUACCCUGAAAAUACCUAAUACCACUAACUUAUGAUCAAUGUGGAUUUCUGUUUUGCCCUCUUUUGAAGUGCAGUAAGAAAAGCCAUUUACAGGUUGCAGCUGUGUGCUAACUGGGCUGCAGGUUGAGAACCACUGCACUGGAGUAAUGAAAAAUCAGGUACAGUCCAACCUAAUACUUGCAAAUCAGACACUUGCUUUUAACCUCCACACCUCAUCCUUAAAACUAUGACAAUUAAAUUGGAGGUAACAUCUGUUUAUAUGAACAGGAGCUCUUCUGGGGGGCAGGGAUGGUGAGUAUGCUGGAUUUUAUUGAACUUUGGUUUUGCCAGUAAAAGGCCAACUAAAAUAAAAAGUGGCUGAAGAAACUGAAUACAGUCUUUGCUGUUUAAAAAGGAGACAACUUAAAAUCAUAUCUGUCUAAAAAUGUUUACCUGCCACUGUUACAAGUAACACCCCAAAUUACUGUAAUUUAUGAGACUGAAUAUAUUGCGUUCUCAAAUAUGUACUUUUUAAAAAAAAGUUUCACUCCUUCCUUUGCAGUAAU